GGCAAAGGCGAUGGUCCAGUGGUCCGUGAGUUGUGCGAACCGAACACGUGUUAGCUUCUGCGUGGAGUUUAAGGGUCCUGAAGGCGCGGAGUGUUAAAACCUACCGGCUUCUGCCAGCUCAGUCUCCCCAGUGAGAUUUCCGGUCACUUACAUCUCAGAAAGAAAAGGACCUUCUUUCUCCUAGCCUCUGCCCGAGGGUGAACUGCUCAGCUGGAAGUUUUUUUGAAUUUACCAGAACCUAGAAGAAUCCCUAACGAUGAAGCUGAGUCUCAUCAAAGUCGUUAAUGGCUGUCGUCUAGGAAAAAUUCAAAACCUGGGCAAAGCCGGGGACUGCACAGUGGACAUUCCAGGCUGUCUCCUAUACACCAGGACUGGCUCUGCCCCACACCUGACUCAUCAAACACUGCAUAAUAUCCACGGGGUCCCAGCCAUGGCCCAGCUCACACUGUCAUCCCUAGCAGAGCAUCAUGAAGCCUUGGCAGAGUAUAAGAAAGGAGUUGGAAGCUUUAUAGGCAUGCCAGAAUCACUCUUCUAUUGUUCCCUGCACGAUCCAGUCAGCCCCGGCCCAGCUGGUUAUGUAACAAAUAAGUCUGUGUCUGUGUGGGGUUUUGGAGGUCGAGUGGAAAUGACUGUUUCCAAGUUCAUGGCAAUUCAGGAGGCCCUGCAGCCCGACUGGUUCCAGUGCCUCUCGGAUGGGGAGGCAUCUUGUGCAGAAGCAACUUCCAUAAAAAGGGCCAGGAAGUCUGUGGACCGGUCCCUUCUGUUCCUGGACAGCUGCUUGAGACUACAGGAAGAGUCUGAGGUCCUUCAGAAAAGUGUGAUCAUUGGAGUGAUUGAAGGUGGAGACGUGAUGGAAGAGAGGUUGAGGUCGGCCCGAGAGACAGCCAAGCGACCUGUAGGGGGCUUCCUUCUGGACGGCUUUCAAGGGAAUCCAGCAGUCACAGCAACCAGGCUACACUUGCUGUCAUCGGUCACUGCCGAGCUGCCAGAGGAUAAGCCAAGGCUCAUCUGUGGUGUCAGCCGGCCAGAUGAAGUGCUCGAGUGUAUUGAAAGAGGAGUGGACUUGUUUGAGAGCUUUUUCCCAUAUCAAGUGACGGAGCGGGGCUGUGCCCUGACUUUCACCUUUGAUUGCCAGCUGAAUCCUGAAGAGACAUUAUUGCAACAAAAUGGAAUUCAAGAAGAAAUAAAAUGCUUGGAUCAAAUAAAGAAAAUUGAAGCAACUGUGUGCAACCAAGAAAUGACAUCAUUUGAAAUUAAUCUGAAGGAGAAAAAGUACCAGGAAGACUUUGACCCGCUUGUGAGAGGGUGCUCCUGUUACUGCUGUAAGAAUCACACUCGCGCAUAUAUCCACCAUCUGCUGGUGACCAAUGAGCUCCUGGCUGGUGUCCUGCUCAUGAUACACAACUUUGAACACUACUUCCGGUUUUUCUGCUCCAUCCGAGAAGCACUGAAAAGUGGCACACUGGCACAGUUGAAAGAACUCAUCCUCAGACAAAUGUCUUGAGAACUGGAAAAUACAAACCUGCCUCAUGUCCAGAAACAGCAAAGCAGCAGAGAUCUGAGCUGUCAGUGUUUACAGUGGGGAUGAAGACCAUCAGCCCCAAACUGCUCACAGGAGUGCGGGGGAGGCCUUCUGUAGGUUUCUGUGGACCAGAUUGAUCACAAUGAUUUGAACUGUGACUUUUAAAUUUUCUAGGCUUAUUCUACCAAAGUGUAGAGGUGCAUUUAGUUGACGAAAAAAACAUUAGAUUUGAGAGAGACUUUGGAAGGGAUGAUAAGGAACUAGGAACCAUUGAGAUGGAUGAGGCCCGCGUGGAGAUGACUGCCUGAGUAGCUUGUCAUAGUUGGAGGCGCAGCUAUUGCCUGGAGAAGUCGUCUAGCAGCAUUGACCAACGGUUUAGUUUGUGUCUCCUCAUGUUGCAAGGGGCUUUGGGGCACGCUUUCGUCUUUAGUGCUUCCAUGGCAGUGCUCAGAAGGGCUCUCUUGACUUAGCUUUCCCCAUCUCUUCAUGAAAUAUGGGCUUCAAACAGUGCUUUUGUAAUCACUUGACUUCAUUUAGCUCCUUCGCCUAUUUGUGACUUGUCUUCUAAGCCACCAUUCUAGCCCGUUAGGAACCAGGUUUUGCCUAGCUGCUUUUUCUGGUCGUGCAGGUCCAGCAUGAUCUGCCCCAGGCUCACAAACUGUCUAACUGCAUAAUGACUAGCUCUGUCCCUUGUGGGAGAUUCCUUUGCUGGGUGUUUAUGUGGCUAGAAUCCUGGCACAACAUUAGAAGAUCAGUUUCCAUCCCACUCAGCUGUAAGCUCAGGCAAAUCCUGGAUUAAAUGGUGACAGGCAAAAGCGGGUGAGACCAAAUGAUUCUGCUGGGAGUAAAAUGUUUAGAAUCUCAGCCAUACUCAUCACUCUCAUUAUUAAUCCCUAUUGGCCUGACCUUUUUAAUUUUAUUUAUUUAUUUUUUUUUAAUGCAGCAAUAAAUUUGUCCUGUGGAUUUUGAAGUGGUUAGUGAAUUGGCAUCUGCAGACCCUGAGGCUGGUUGUCCUUCGUGGGUUCUCUAUAGUUCUUUUCUUUUUUUGGUGGCAUGGCCGGGCUUUUUUUAUAUGUGUCUUUUCUAUAUCAGUUUUUCUAAGGAGUACACGAAACAUAUAUGUGUAUACAUGUGUUUUUAUAAAAAUAAUGUAACUUAAAAGAUCAAUUUUUGUAGGUAUAAGAAAUGCAUUUCUCAUAUUUUAUUGAUUUUCAAUUUAUAGUGGCAUUACUGAACAUUGUAUAUAGUAAUUAUAUAGUUACUGUAUUUUUAUGUGAUGGAAGUCCAACUUUGUUUUUCCUUUUUUGGGGCAUGACUGCUCUGUGAAUCCAAGAGAUGCUUAUGGAGACAGAUUCUGUUUUGUGUUGAAUGUGUUUUGUACUUGUUUAUAUGUUAGUAUUCUUGGUCAAUACCAAACCCAUUAUUGAGGGGAAUAUUAGUAAAUAUCCAAGAAUCCAUAUAAAUUUAUGAGUUUCAUUUAUCUCCAAAACACUGAAAAUUCUGUUAAACAUUGUUCAGUUCCUUGGAUCUUUUUCUUAUUAGCACAUUUGAAAAAAUCCUUUCCUUUUAUGUGUAAAUGUAGUAAAGGCAA